AUGGGCACCGAAUCAUUUCGCUCAUAUUUUAUUCUAUUAUUGUUCUGCUUAAUUAUCUUUGUUAAUUAUGGUAGCGGUGAUCGAAAAAAAAUUAUUGUCAAUAGUCUAUUUACACAUUCGUCUUAUCCAUCAAUUAAUUUUGCUCUUCAACAAAUUGAUUCACUACAGAUGGAUAUUAUACUUGAACUUAAUACAACAGAAGAAAUUAUUCCAUGUGACGUGGGCACAAGCGUAAAAAAACUUUUUACUAUAAUUAAUAAGAAAAAUUGGUUUAAUGUUUUAAUAAGUGAUGCUUGUCAAAAUGUACUAAGUUAUAUAGCUGAAGCCGCAACUUAUUUUCAUAUACCGGUGUUUUCAUUUACGGAAAGUGAUCUAUCGUUAUCAUCGAUUGAACGUUAUCCACUUUUUUAUCAUAUCGUACCAUCGGAUCGUGCUCAUAAUUUAGUGCGGAAACAACUUUUACAAUACUUUAAUUGGACACGAUUUGGAUUAAUUUAUCAACAUGGAUCAAAAUAUACAUUGAGUUAUAGACAAGAAGCACCAAGCACACCACCUCAUAUAAUUCUUCAUUACUGUACAUUUAAAACUGUUUGGGAUUGGGCAAUACUUUUAUUAACAUUUUACACAUCAUUGCUUGUACCCUAUCAUGCAGCAUUUAAAAGUAAAUCAUUAGAUGAUGUGCCUUUACUUGUUAUUGAUAGUAUUGUCGAUGUUAUUUUCUUUAUUGAUAUUAUAUUAAACUUUCAUACAACAUAUGUACACACAAAAUCUGGAGAAGUCAUAUCGGAUCCGAAGCGCAUCAGAAAAACAUACUUGAAAAGUUGGUUUGUUAUUGAUUUAUUAGCUUGUUUACCAUACGAUGUAUUUAAUGCAUUUCAAGAAGCUGAAGAACGAUAUGGAAGCAUAUUUUCAGCAUUGAAAGUUUUACGUUUAUUACGUCUUGGCCGUGUCUUUAGAAAAUUAGAUAAUUAUCUAGAAUAUGGUGCGGCCGUACUUUUAUUACUCAUUUGUGUUUUUGUACUUGUUGCUCAUUGGUUUGCUUGUGUAUGGUACACCAUUGGAUUUCGUGAAGGGCGUGGUGGUCCCGGAAAACGUAUGGAAUAUAGUUGGCUUGUAAAAAUGGAUCGAGAAUUACAUUAUGCAUGUAUUGAUUCCUAUGGUAAUCUAACAGCAUAUGAAUCCAAUGGUACAUGUCGAAAAGCAGCUUAUGUUACAGCACUUUAUUAUACCAUGAGUUCAUUAACAAGUAUUGGCUUUGGUAAUGUCGCUGCUAACAGUGACAAUGAGAAAAUCUUUACUUGUGUUAUGAUGCUUAUUGGUUCACUUCUUUAUGCAACUAUAUUCGGUAAUGUAACAACUAUAUUUACACAGAUGUAUUCCGCUACUGCUCGAUAUCAUGAAAUGUUAAGUAGUAUUCGAGAAUUUAUGCGUUUACAUGGCAUGCCUAAUCAAUUAAACGAACGUAUUAUGGAUUAUGUUGUAUCAACAUGGGCAAUGACGAAGGGUAUUGACGCAACAAAAGUAUUAAAUUAUUGUCCAAAAGAUAUGCGCGCCGAUAUAUGUGUUCAUAUGAAUCGAAGUGUUUUUAACGAACAUCCAGCAUUUCGUUUAGCUAGCGAUGGUUGCUUACGUGCCUUAGCUGUUCAUUUUCAUAAAAAUCAUUCUGCACCUGGUGAUAUGCUAUAUCAUUGCGGAGAAAGUCUUGAUAUGUUAUGUUUUAUUGUAUCAGGCUCAUUAGAAGUUAUACAAGAUGAUCAAGUAUUAGCUAUACUUAGUGCAAAUGAUGUUUUUGGUGAUGAUUUUUGGAGUAAGAAUCGAGAUAGUGUUGGCCAAUCGGCAGCUAAUGUUCGUGCAUUAACAUAUUGCAAUAUACAUCAAAUUCGACGUGCUCAUCUACUUGAAGUAUUAGAGUUUUAUCAUCCAUUUAGUAUAUCAUUUGCUCGAAAUAUGGUGCUCACAUAUAAUUUAAGACAUCGUGUUGUUUUUCGUAAAAUAGCUGAUGUUAAACGUGAACGUGAAUUAGCUGAAUCAAGGAAAAAUGAAGGAUUAGAUCAAAUAGGUUCUGAUCAUCCAGUACGAAAGUUAAUAUCAAAAUUUCGUAAAAUAUCACAAGAAAAUCGUGCAGUAGCGCUAAAUAAUACUAGUGCACCAACACCACCGACAACAUCAGUUAGUCAACCAACUCAACAAGCAUCACCACCAUCAUCAAUAAAAAUCAGUGGACAACAGACAAGUAGUGAAGUAACUGAUUCUACAACGAAAACAAAUACUACAUCAAUAAUAGCACCACAUUUACAAUUACCUUCAUCAUUAACAUCAAAAACUCGAGAUAAACUUGAAACUAUUUCUGAACGUAUUGAAACUCAAGAAUCACAAAUAUCCCAAAUAGUAUCACUUCAUCAAAGUCCACCAUUACAACGACCACCACGGUCGAGUAAAUGGAAAUGGUUAAAAACAGGUUCAACAGGACCCGAAACAGAGCCACUAGAAAAAAAACCUGAUGCAAAUAUAAAACCAUUCCAGCAGCAAUCAACCAACCCAUUUGAUUCAAAUUUAACUGAUGAAGAUUUACAUGGAAAAUCAGAUGGUAUGGGUGAACGACGACCAUCUAUUCCCCUUAGUUUAUUUAUACCGAGGGCAGCCAAAGACGAUAGUACAAAAGUAACAGAGACCAGUAACGAUGAUCAAAAACACUUAGAUGAAUCUCAUUCUGAUAUAAAUGAAGCAUUUGGACCUCUUCGUAGUGUAUCAUCAUCAUUUGGUGAACAUCCAUUAAUAUCAUCAUUGCUUGAUAUAAAAAAUGAUUUAGGUAAUGAAGUACGAGCAUUGACAAAACGUAUGAUACAUAUUGAUGAACAAAUUAGUCAAAUUUUUAAUUUUCUUUCACCCUGUCAUCUAUCAAUAACUAAUAACUCACAACAAACAUCAAAUAUAACUCAACCUUUAUUAAUUCCAUCUCAGUCUUCUUUACUUUCACCACCACCAUUGUUAUCAUCAUCCUCAUCCUCAUUAUUAUUAAAUACUACAACGACUCCUACUGAAAUUAAUGUUACUACUCAUAACUUUCCGCAAAUAUUAGAAGCACCUUCAGUGCAUUUAGAUGCAAAUGCAAACAUUCCAAUUUUUAAUUCGAAUCGAUCAUUAUCACCGACAAAUGACAUACAAGAUGUGCCUACACAAGCAGAAACACAUGACUCACCAUUGUCAACUUCAACAACAAGUGAAAUUAAUGAGUAUUAUUCAAUUCCAUUUCCUAUUCCACCGCCACCUUCUAUUUAUAAUCGUUCAGCUAGUUCAUCAGUUGUUAGCGUAGGCACAUCAACAGCUCCACGAAGUUCCAUAUCGAAUAAAGUAGUACCAACAUCAUUGUUACCCGCGUCUGCUAGCUCCAAAAACCCAUUGAACACUAGCUUUCGACCGAUUUCAAAUACUCGUUUUAAUCCAGGUCGUUCUCCGAAGUCAAAAGCUCGUUCACAUCAAAAUCGAUCUUAUACCAAACAUCAACAACAAACUGAAAAAUCAACAAUUAUUGAACUUGAACCCUCAACACAGAAUGAUACAACGAAUAAAAAUGUACCACUUUUUUCCACAUUUUCGUCAACAACAAAAUCUGGUAGUAGGGCAUUCCGUCGUUUCAUAACAGGUAGUAGUAAUGCAGAGAAAGCUGCAACAUCAUCAUCGUCAACACUUCUUUAUCCGCCUACAAGUGACGAUGAACAUCCAAUAAGUCCGACUAGUUCAGGCAAUGAUGAUGAUGAUCAUAGGCCAUUGACUUCAUCGUCAAAUAAAUAUCAUCAUCAAACACUUCUUUGA